CAGUUGCUUGGCAGAUUGGCAAGGCAGGCUGGCAGGCCUGCGCGCGUAGGAGGCGGGAGGCAGCAGCACCAUGUGCCAACGACCUCACAGCCAGACUCCCCCUGUUCAGCGCUGAGUGUUAGAACCACCCCCAGAACCUCAGUUAAGCAAAAGGGUUAGUUACUAUGGAGACAUGGCAUCCUCUCUCCAUGGCAACCUGAAAUCCCAAAACCCAAGUUAGGCUCAGGAAUGAGUCAUCUGUGACCAGUAGGGGGUGCUUUCGCACAAGGCUGACCCUAAGGCCAUGGACAGAUGAGCAACUGACCACAGACCGAAAGGUGUCCCAAGGGUGAGUCUUGGGCCUGUGGGGAGUGAGAGUGGCCCUGUUUAACCCCUUUUCACCCACCUGUGUGGUUUGGGGAGGCUGGCAAGGCCUUGGGAAGCGCUGUGGAGGCGGCAGCCACACAGCUGGGGCCCCUCGGAGUGACGCUUGCACGGAGGAGAUCCAUGUGCCCCCAGAGGCUCGGCCCAGAACAGAGAAGCAGCAGACACUGCCCAGGCCGAGUGGACACACAAGAGUUAACUGGCGGGGUGUGACAGGGCGAAACGCCCUCAGGAAGUGUUACUCACCGCUGGGAAUGUGAGCGCUCUCGCCUUGGGGGCUGGAUUCUCUUCCUGAGUCCUGGGAGGAACCGAAGGAGCUCCCAGGCAUGGAAACCCCUGGGGACCCAAAAGCAGACCUUCUUGGAGCCCCCAGCCCAUCCGACUUCUCGCCUGGGCACCCGGAGAGAGAAAAGCCAGCCCAGGACCCACUGUAUGACGUGCCCGGCGCCGGCGGAGGGCAGGCGGGAGGGCCCCAGCGGCCCGGGCGCACAGUGAGCCUGCGGGAGCGCCUACUGCUCACGCGGCCCGUGUGGCUGCAGCUGCGAGCCAGUGCCGCAGCGGCACUGCACGUGCUGAGGACCGAGCCCCCGGGGACAUUCCUGGUGCGGAAAUCGAACACGCGCCAGUGCCAAGCCCUGUGCAUGCGCCUGCCCGAGGCUAGUGGCCCAUCCUUUGUCUCCAGCCACUACAUCCAGGAGAGCCCAGUGGGCGUCUACCUGGAAGGCUCAGAGCUUGUGUUCCCAGACCUGGUCCAGCUCAUCUGCGCCUACUGCCAUGCCCGGGACAUCCUUCUUCUCCCCCUCCAGCUCCCCAGAGCUAUCUGCCAGGCAGCCACCCACAAGGAGUUGGAAGCCAUCUCCCAUCUGGGCAUUGAGUUCUGGAGCUCCUCCCUCAACACCAAGACUCAGAUGGGUCCAUCCGAAGGCCCGCUGCUUCCCCGGCUGAAGCCCCGUUCCCCACAAGAGCUGGACCAGGGCACCGGAGCCGCCCUGUGCUUCUUCAACCCCCUGUUCCCAGGGGACCUGGGCCCCACCAGACGGGAGAAAUUCAAGAGGAGCUUCAAAGUGCGUGUGUCCAUGGAGACCUCCAGCCCCCUAUCUCCCCCGGCUGUGCCACCUCCCCCAGUGCCUGUGCUGCCAGGGGCAGCCCCCAACCAGACGGAAAGGUUGCCGCCUCACCAGCUGCUGCGGAGGGAGAGCUCGGUGGGGUACCGUGUGCCAGGGGGUGCUGGCCCCAGCCUCCUACCCCUGCCCUCCCUCCAGGAGGUGGACUGCGGCUCCCCCAGCAGCUCGGAGGAGGAGGGGGUGCCGGAGCCCCCAAGGAGCCCAACAACCUCCCCCUGCCUGGCCCACCAGCGGCCCCUGCUUAGGUCCAUGAGCGCUGCCUUCUGCUCCCUGCUGGCGCCUGAGCGGCACGUGACCCGGGCAGCCAUGGUGCUGAUGCAGGACCGACACACGGACGUUGGCCAGCUGGUGCAGGACCUACUGACCCAGGUGCGAGCCGGUCCUGAGCCUCAGGAGCUGCAGGGCAUCCGAGAGGUGCUGAGCCAGGCCCGGGCCAUGCUGAGUGCAGAGCUGGGCUCUGAGAAGUCGCUACCGCCCGACAGACUGGAACGUGUCCUGGAGAAGUCACUGCACCGCGCAGUGCUCAAGCCACUCCGGCCCCUCCUGGUGGGCCGCCUGAGGCGCCGGCUUUCUGCUGAUGGCUCCUUGGGCCGCCUGGCUGAAGGCCUCCACCUGGCCCAAGCCCAGGGCCCUGCAGCCUUCGGGGCCCACUUGAGCCUGCCUUCCCCAGGAGAGAUAGAGCAGGUGCGCCAAAAGCUUCUGCAGCUGCUGCGCACCUACUCACCCAGUGCCCAGGUGAAGCGGCUCCUGCAGGCCUGCAAGCUGCUCUACACAGCCCUGAGGACCCACAGGGGGGAGGGCGCCGGGGCUGAUGAGUUCCUCCCACUGCUGAGCCUGGUCCUGGCCCAGUGCGACCUUCCUGAGCUGUUACUGGAGUCUGAGUACAUGUCGGAACUGCUGGAGCCCGCUUUACUCACUGGAGAGGGCGGCUACUACCUGACCAGCCUCUCAGCCAGCCUGGCCCUGCUGAGCGGCCUGGCCCAGGCCCGCACCUGCCCCCUGCGCCCCUCCCAGGAGCUGCAACACUCCCUCAGCCUCUGGAAGCAGCGCCGCCUGCCCGCCACCCACAGCCUCCAGCGCCUCAUCCGAGUUGCCUAUCAGGACCCCAGCAGUGGGUGCACCUCCAAGACACUGGCCGUGCCCCCGGGGGCCUCGAUCGCUACCCUGAAUCAGCUCUGUGCUACCAAGUUCCGAGUGACCCAGCCUGACACUUUCGGCCUCUUCCUGUAUAAGGAGCCAGGCUACCACCGCUUGCCCCCGGAAGCCCCGGCCCACAGGCUUCCCACAGCUGGCUACCUGGUCUACUGCCCAGCAGAGUGGUCGGAGGCCCAGGGGGCUGCCCCUCGGGCUGCAAUGGAGGAGGGCAGGGCGGGGCCAGAGACAGGGGUCAGGGAGGAGGAGAGAGCGGGCUGGGGAGAUGGGGACACUGAGGUCGAGGCCUGUCCCAGGGACAUCAGGGGCGAGUCUGAGACAACUGCCGAGGCAGGCGAGGGCCCGGCCAGAGGAUGCCCCACUCAGCCAGGGGGGCCAGAGGCUGAGGAAAGUCCAGUAGCAGAGGAGUAGCUUCGAGUGGCUAGAAGGGCCAUUUGGGGCAGUACUGGGAAGGCUUUUCAGAGCCAUCAGCCCCACAAUUAAGGCCUCACACCCAGGCCUCUCCACCCCAGUGUCUGCCAUCACCUCUGUCGGAUAGUUAUCUCUCUGAUCACCCUGCUGGCAGGGGAAGGGGUGCCAGGACUGGCCAUAUCUGGGGCACUGGAGGAAAACUGAGGGAGCUUGGGGGACCCCUUUGCUGCUUAUCCUUCUCCCCUAGCUGUAGGCCAGCCAGCCUGCAGUGGUAAGUGUGCCCAGCAGAUGACAAAUGCAACCGGUGUCCAACACCUGGCAGCCAGGGAGCAGCACAGCCCAGGAAGGUCUCCACCCACUUCCAGGAUUCAAGAAGGCAGCCGGAGCUCAGGGCUCAUCUGGAGGACUAGCACCCCCAAACCUCAGUGUCCUCACCUGUAAAGUGGGGGUGCACUGCCACCUGCCUUCUCUCAGAAGUCUUCCAGGGGUCAAAAUGGUUGGCUUUGCUCCCAAGCAGAGCUCAGACUAGGGAAAAGGGGAGGGAGGAGGUGGCAUGUUAGCAAGCCCUCUUGCCCCCAGGGUCUGUUUUCAGCACUGGGGAAAGGUGGCUUCUCCAGUCAACCCAGGGCAGAUCAUGGAGAUAAGGUCCAGCCUCCCCCUCUCUAGCGUCUCAGGGGAGUUGGACAGGAGAGACGGGCUUCCAGGGUGGACAGGAGACUUGGAAACCAAUUUUUGUGCACUUAACCUCUUUCGGACUUUGUGAGAGCUUCCUGAGAGGCAGGGUGUGCCUGGCUUAUUAGCCGCUGAAGUUGAGGAAAGUGACUCGGAAGAUAUCUCACAGCAGGCCGUUAGGGCCCCCCCCAACUAGGCUGUCAGGUUCCAACUACACCCUCUAUUCUCAGCCUCUCUCAGAUAGACUCUUGAGACCAGCAGCCCCAAAUCGGGGCCCAGAGCAAACAGCAAAUCUGAACAAAGAACAUGCCAUCAUUAGCCACAAGGGGGCGUGCGUGGCUCAGGAAGCUGCCGAAUGGGUGCCCCUCGGGGGACGAGGGGUGCUCCAGGGCUGCAGCAGCCUAGGUGGCCGAGGUCCUUGCACUCUGGCAGCUCUGAGCAACAUGAGGACAGUGCGGGGCCCAAGACUGCCAGCCCUCAGCUCCCUUGGAGUCCCCGGUCUGGGCCAGCCCCCUGGGGACCACUCCCUGGGAAGGAAUUGUCCCCUGGUGGAAGGAGGACCCAAGCAGGUCUCUGAGGCACUCCCUCAGGCACAGAGCACAAAGGACAUCAGCCUGCAUGUCAGACGUGACAGGGAAAGGGGGAAAUCCCAGGCGUUAGAAUUUCAGACAAUCCAGAGACAGCUUGGGUGCAAGGCUCCCAAAUUUCUCACUAGGCUACGAGCAGCAAUUCCCUCAGUGCUUCCCUGGUAAGGAGUCUCCCCUCCCCCUUGGUCCCACACCUGCUCCUGUGCCUUGACUAGUGCUGGGCACUUCGCAGGCGCUCAAUAAAUGUU